GUAAUCCUGAUGUGUGCCUCCAACAAGGUCAUCAGGAAUAUCAUGCUGGUGGCAGACGAGAUGGGCUUCAACAAUGGCGAGUACAUCUUCAUCAACAUUGAUCUAUUCAGCAACAAACAGACGUUGGAGAGGCCCUGGUUCCAACUUGACGAGGCAAAGGAGAAAAACGAUCGAGCGAGGAAGGCCUUCGAAUCCAUGCUGACAGUGACGGCCACCAAGAAGGACAGCCAGGAGUACAGGCAGUUCUCGGAGGAGGUGCGAAAGAGGAGUGUCCAGAUGUAUCAGAAGGAUGUCUACGGGGACGAGGUGAAUGAUUACGUGGGUUCCUUCCAUGACGCCCUGCUCCUCUACUCCCUGGCCGUCAACGAGACCAUCCAGGCAGGCCUUAGUCCCAGGGACGGGCAGGAGAUCACGAAACGAAUGUGGAAUAAGACUUUUAAGGGGAUUACAGGUUUGGUGAGCAUUGAUCAGAAUGGAGAUAGAGAAGAAGAUUACUCCAUUCUGAACAUGAAUCCAGAAGACGGCGUGUUUAGAGUCAUUGGAAAUUAUUUGGGCCGCCAAAAAGUUUUUGAGAAAGUUGAAGGAAGCCCUAUAUUUUGGCCAGGCAACCGCACCGAUCCACCCCCCGACAUUCCGAAAUGUGGAUUUGACGGUAAAGGCUGUCCGCCAAAAGAAAAGUUGCCCGUGUCUGCAUUCGUGGCAGUGGCACUGAGCAUCAUCCUCCUCAUCGUCCUACUCGUCGUUCUCAUCCUCUACAGGCGAAUGAAAGAGGAGGCGGAACUGUCGGAGGUACACUGGCGAGUUAAGUGGGAGGAGAUAACAUCCCCAAACUCUGAACUUCAUAUGGACAGAGUUGGCAGUAUGCACAGUCUGGUCAGUCACCACGCCUCCUUCGACACGUUGGCCGUUAGUGAAACCGGUCCGAGACAGAUAUUUACAAAAACUGGUCACUACAAGUCAACAGUUGUGGCCAUCAAAACAUUUGACAGACCUUUCAAUUCAACAAAACCUCUCUUAAUCAGCAUCAAAAAGCUGAGGGACCUGACGAACGAUCACGUGGCACGAUUCAUCGGAGUCUGCAUCGACCCGCCCAACCAAUCAAUCAUCACUGAGUACUGCCAGAAAGGAAGUUUACAGGAUGUCCUUGAAAACGACAGCAUCAAGUUGGACCGCAUGUUCAAGUUCUCACUCAUUCAAGAUCUUAUAAGGGGCAUGUGCUACCUACACAGCAGCGACAUCAAGUACCACGGCAACCUCAAAAGCUCUAACUGCGUCGUAGACAGCAGGUUCGUCCUCAAGGUCACUGACUUCGGCCUGCUAGAACUUCGCUCUAGGAGAUCUUCGCAUGAUGUCGAUUCCUUUGCCUACUAUAGAUCUAAACUAUGGACGGCCCCAGAGAUCCUGCGCAUGGAGGAUAGCAGGAAGUGCGCAGAUUCAACGAGCAGAAUCAACUUGUAUGAAAAAUCUCACGGGGACGUGUACAGUUUCGCCAUCAUCUGCCAGGAGGUGGUCCAUAGGAAGGGGGUAUUCUGGGUCAGGAACGUGGAAAAUAUCUCGCCGCAUGAAAUCUACCUGCUGGUGAAGAGCGACAAGAAGCCAUGUUUCCGACCGACCCUGCUUCAGUACGGCGACGACAGUGACGACACCUGUGCUGAUGACCUUUGCACUCUCAUACAGAAGUCAUGGACGGAGGAUCCGAACGAGAGGCCAGAGUUCAAUCAGAUCAAGAACAGCGUCAAGAGGAUGAACAAAGACAUGGGGGGUGGAAACUUGCUGGACAACCUGCUGAGUCGCAUGGAGCAGUAUGCCUGCAACCUGGAAGGCCUCGUGCAGGAAAGAACUGCUGACUACCUCGAGCAGAAGAAGAGGGCAGAGAACUUGCUCUAUAUGAUGCUGCCUAGAUCUGUGGCCACUCAGCUGAUGCAAGGUAUGAACGUUAAAGCAGAGAAAUAUGAGAGCGUCACCAUCUACUUCAGUGACAUCUGUGGCUUCACUUCACUCUCUGCACUCAGCACACCUAUGCAGGUGGUGGACUUGCUGAACGAUUUGUACACGAGUUUUGACGUGAUCAUCGAAAAGUUUGACGUCUACAAAGUCGAAACGAUCGGCGAUGCUUACAUGGUGGUGUCUGGUCUGCCGGUGAGGAACGGCCUUCUACACGCCAGGGAGAUUUGCAGGAUGUCCUUGAAACUGUUAAAAGAGGUCAAGUCCUUCAAGAUCAGACACAUGCCUUCCGAUAAGUUGAUGCUAAGGAUCGGUGUCCACUCAGGCGCGGUAUGUGCGGGUGUGGUUGGACAUAAAAUGCCAAGGUACUGCUUGUUUGGUGACACCGUCAACACUGCCUCACGUAUGGAAUCAAAUGGAGAGGCUCUGAAGAUUCACGUGAGUCCAGAAACUAAAGCUACGCUGGACAUGUUUGGGACGUUCAAACUGGAGUUCAGAGGACCUGUUGUUAUGAAGGGCAAAGGUGAGAUUUGUACUUGGUGGUUGAUGGGGGAAGAGAACCCUGAAUUUCCUGAACUUUCACCUGCCGAAAUGCAUCUGUGAGGUCAUCCACUGUUUAAAAAAAUACCAAAAUACCUAAAAACGAAAAUUAAUGCGAAACCAACAUAAUUAUUAACAUUAAAAAUAGUGAAUGGCAUUAAAAAUAACAAUGAAAAAGCAGAAAGAAGUUUUGUUGAAAACCUUUAAUACACAAGCGAAUGUUUUAACAAACAUGUUUUAUAAAAAAAAUUUUAACUUCUCCCUAUAAAGUGAUUUUAUUCAUAUUUUUUCACGUAAAUAAAAGUGUGCUAGUCUUUUAAAUAUAAUGACGUAACGAACGUUUAUUUGUGAUGUAACUAUUAGUAUAUUUAUUAGAUUUUUAAUUAAUUUUAUAUUAAUAAAUAUUGUAGCGUUGUUUUUUUUUCAAUUUUUCAAUUUUUCUCAAUCUUUAAAAUUAUUUUUAUAAAAUUUCUAAAAUGGUUCUUUAAUUCAAGAUAAACUUGAAGUUUAUCAAUAUAAAAUAUUUAUUCGUUCCUGAAAGAGAAUAAAUAAUAAUUUUAAUUAAUUUUAAUUGUCUAAAAAGUAUAUUUCGUAAUUUAUAUACUUAAUAUUAAUGACAAACCUUUUUCCUAGUAUUUCUCGUCCAUUUUCUUCGAUCAUUUAUAUUUUUCAUUAAAAUUGUCAACUCUU